AUGGUUCUGGAACUCCAUGUCUGGGGUCCGGCGCUUUCGUUGCCGUCCAUCGAUGCGCAAUGUCUCGCGACCAUCGCCUAUCUCUCCGUGACGCUCCCCAAGGACGCGUGGGUUCUCGUCGCAAGCAGUGACCCUUCCGUGUCGCCCACUAAUGAACUCCCCGCGCUCAAAAAUGGCUCGACAUGGGUGAGCCGGUUCCGCAACAUCGCCGACUACCUGCGUCAGUACUCGAACGGCGAAUGGGAUCUGGACCAGAACCUCAGCGGUCUCGGAAAGGCAGACAACAUCGCCUUCACCAGCUUCCUCGAAUCCCGCGCCCAAUCCCUCCUCGACCUCUCCCUCUACGUCACCAGCCAGAACUACUACGGCAGCACCUCCCCCUCGUACGGUGCGAUCCUGCAAUGGCCCCAGCAAUGGAUCCUCCCCCCGCAACUCCACUCCGCCGCCAAGUCCCGCACCGAACACCUGGGCCUCUCCUCGCUGGACCUGGCCGCCAUCGAAGAGCAGCGUCAGCGUGACCACUCCGCCGCCGUCGCCGCCGGUCACGUCCCCAAAAACCUGGUCCCGCGGCCCCGCGACACCGUCUCCGGCCUCCUCGGUAAAACGACCCAGCAGAACCAGUUCCGCCUCGAGGCGCUGACAGGCGAGCUGUUCGACGCCCUGGAGGAGAUCCUCGCCGGGAAGGACUUCUUCCUGCAUACCCGGGACCAGGGCGGGCCCACGAGUCUGGACUGUCUGGCGCUGGGGUACUUGAGCUUGGCGCUGGUGCCGGAGUUGCCGAACUCGUGGCUCAGAGAUGCGAUGAAGAGUAAGGCGCCCGGCGUGACGGGGUACACGGAGCGAUGGGUCAAGGACAUCUUUGGCGUCGUGGAGUUGCAGCAUGCGUUUAGUCCGGAUGCAGCGUCGGGGUCGGUGUCGAUUCUGCCAUGGCGCGUGCCGGAACGCGCGCGUUUGGUCACCGUCGGGAAUACCCUGUUCAAUGCGCUGGCGGAUGCGACGCCGAUCUGGAAGGAUAUCCGGUUGAAUAACCGGGUCAAGGAGGUGGUGGAGGCGGAUGACUCCGGGUUGUCUGGGGUGGAGAGGACAUCGUACUCCGCACUGAUGAAGGGUCAGAACAAGGAUGUCUGGCUGUCGGUGGGUGCUGCGGUUGGGGCUGUGGCGACGUUAGUCGGGUAUGUCACGUAUGCCGGGAUGUUCAGUUCGAAGGAAGAGCAAUAUGAGGAGGAAGCGGGAGAUCAGACUCAAGAGGAGAAUCAUGGACCCGGGCUUCCCGAGCAGCCACUGCAGGCGGCGGAUUUUCUCAAAGGGUUUUAGGGGGGUUGAGGUAGUGAGCGUCACACCGAAGCCGGAGAGGAUGGCAGGGUAGGGAGUUAGGUAGCUGUAAAUGUACAGUAGUGUAUACUAUGGAUUCGCUUUAC